CAGUCUGUAUGAGGAAUUCAGCCUUUGACUGUCUCACGGUCCUUGGAGCUGACAAUGGGUCAAAAAGAAAUUCAAUACACUGAAAAGGCAAUCUUUUGAUGACGUUUGAGAUUCAAUACAUAGAAAAGAUUGUGACGGGUCUUAACCUUCUUAUGGAGAAAGGAAGGGAUAGAAUGAAAUAGAAACCCAGUUGCGACCUAAGUUCUUCUCAACCUCCAGAUCUUCGGCGAUCUUCUCCUUUUUCCUCCUCUAGACCCCGAACCUUUCCUCCUCUGAUUUUUGCCAUGAAAAUCACUUGAGUUGCAAAUUUAUUACCCCCGAUUUCUCCUUCUCUUGUCCGAAAAUCCGUCUCUCGACCUGAAAUCCCUCACUCUCUUACUCUCUCAACUGCUGUCUUUUGCUCUCGGAGUGGUUUCAUUCAGACCGAUCUGUCCCGGCUUUCGUUUUCGAUGGUUCAAGUCGAUUUCGUCACACCUCCGGAGGUCCGUUUUAGUGCCAGAUCGAAUUGUAGCGUCAUUCAGCAGUUACAGACUUAGAUCUCAAGGUGUUAAAAAUAGUCGAGCCGCUUAAGAAGGUUUUUUCCCAAAAAAAAAGAAGAAAAAGAAAGAAGGUAAAGUCUUUUUCUAUUUUCCUUUAAUUUUCCAUGAAGUCUCUCUGGAUUGAAGUGUUUAGGGGACUGUGUGGCUAGGAUGGGUCAACCAGAUCUGAUUCUGCUGGGCCGCCCCUGUCCCGUUGUUUGCGGAGUCAUAAGGCUGAAUAUGACUUUACUGAUAUUCUACAUUUUCAUGAAGUUGCUUGAUAUUUGAUUUUCCAUAUCAUCUUUACUGUGUUCUUUUUUGUUACAAUCUUUACUGUGUUCUUUAGAUUUGCUAUGAUUGUGUUGGUUCUGCUUUGAGGAUUGCAUAUUCGAUCUAGGACUAGGAUUGAAGCUGUUAAUAUUCUUUUUCACUUGGUUCAUUUGUACUGUUUUCCAUGUGUUGUUGAGCCUGUCUCCAUGCCUCAAUCCUAAUUUUUUAGUUC